CUGCCACCAUAGUGGUCUAGACUCUACUGGUUUCUCGAAAGUUGCAACUCACGGUAUAAAGUCAAGCAGUAGAUGCGAGCUUGUACCGAGCCACACACGAGUUCAUCUUAUACGAAUUCAUCAUAAAUUACGGUAUACACAAUUGUCCUCCGGAACAACUUGAACGAUGCCAUCACACGACAAGCUGGGUUCCUCCUCGCGGAAAAACAGAACCCAUACGCCCGCUUCCCUAUAUAAAAGCACAGGCCCUGCCUCCCCCUCCCGCCCACGUAAACUCCCACUAAGCUCACUACGCCUGCGCCCAAUACCUAAUUCCUACUGGGCGACUCCCCUCCUACUCGCAUGCGAGUACCCCUGGCACAUCAGUGCCGCCGGCCUCGACGCGACUACCAUCUCCUACCACCAAUUCCCUAUCCCUGAUCUGCUAAAUGUGCUCAGGGAAAAUGCAGAGCAAGGGCGCGUGUGUGCUGUACAUUGCCGUGGUGGGAUUGGGAGGACCGGCUUGGUUAUCGGGUGCUGGCUCGUAGAGGCAGGAAUCGCGAGGGACGGCGAAGAAGCACUGAAGAUAAUAGAACGGGAGUGGCGGACUGUCGAGAAGUGCAAGCGCUUCCCGCACUCGCCAGAGACUGGUCCGCAAUUCGAGUUUGUGAGGAACUUCACGAGUCCGGCGAUGGUGCAUGUCUAAAGGACCUAGUGCGCGUGUUUUACUCGCCUGCUUUAUUUCAGUAUGCUUGUCCCUUUUUCCCUACUCGCACCCUGCUCAUAGACGCGUUUUCAGCAUACCUCCCACGCCCCUAUAAAUCCCACCUCGCUGUGGCUACCAUAUCCCUAUUCAUAUUUCCCUGGCUAUGGCCACUGGUUCUGCUAGUCUCAUACGUGCCUGGGCAUCUUUCUUCCCUCUUGUGCAGGUCACCUUCCCCUCUUGCGCUGAUGAUGUGCACAAUCACAUCCCAGAUAAUGAAACGUGUACUUACCAUGUCACACUUACAUACAUACGUCUUCAAGCUUCACUUUAAGUAGAAGCUUGAUGGCCUAGGAUGUGUACUGCUAUGAAUGAAUUGUUACUGAGAGAGACA